GAGUAUAUCUUUCGUAUUCAUCUGAACCGCGGCUCAGAGAAAAGCCAUUGCUCACCGCAACCGAUUAAGAGAUCGAGCAGAAGCCAGCCAUGAAUCUUGCCUUGGGAGCCAUGGGCUCCCUUCUGCCGAAGCUGGGCGAGCUGCUCAAAGAGGAGUACAAGAUGCAGACCGGCGUGAAGCGAGACGUCCAGGCUUUCUCCGCCGAGCUGGUGAGCAUGCGCGCCGCCCUUCGCAGGGUGGCGGAGGUGCCACGGGACCAGCUCGACGAGGAGGUCAGGAUCUGGGCCGGCGACGUCCGGGAGCUGUCUUAUGACACGGAGGACGUCGUUGACUCCCUCCUCGUGCGCGUCAAGGGCUCCGAGACUGAUGCCGACAUGGACGGCUUCAAGGAGCUCGUGAGCAAGAUGAAAGGCUUGUUCAAAAAGGGCAAGGCUCGCCGUCAGAUCGCCACAGCGAUCAAGGACAUCAAGGAGCAGGUCCAGGAUGUGGCUGCCAGGCAUGAAAGGUAUAAAGCUGAUGGUGUUUUUGCUAAUCUAGCUGCAGCCACAAGGAUCACAGCCGUUGACCCUCUCCUGGUGGCUCUCCACGAAGACAAGCAAAGGAUUGUUGGAAUUGAAACAGCAAGGGACAAGCUAAUUGAGAAGCUCUGUUUGACUGACGAUGCAUCCAAACAACCCAAGAUACUCUCCAUUGUUGGAUUUGGAGGACUGGGGAAGACAACUCUCGCCAAAGCAAUCUAUGAUGAGGUUCGAUCAGGUUUUGAUUGUACGGCUUUUGUGUCGGUGUCUCGGAGUCCUGACAUCAAGAAAGUUUUGAAAGAAAUACUGUUUGAAGUUGAUAGGAAAAGGUAUAUGAGUUUGCGUGGUGCUACACUAAAUGAAAAGCAGCUCAUCGAACAACUCCAAGAAUCGCUAGGGACAAAGAGGUACUUCAUCGUUGUUGAUGAUAUAUGGGAUGUAACUGCAUGGAAAACAAUCAGAUAUGCUCUGAUGGGUACUGAAUGCGGAAGUAGAAUAAUCACUACUACCCGCAAUAUCAAUGUCUCUAAAGAAUGCUCCUCUUAUAAUGAUGAUAUGGUUCAUAACAUGGAACCUCUCUCUAAUGGCGACUCUCAAAGACUCUUCUAUAAGAGAAUAUUCCCAGGAGACAAUAUGUGUCCUCCUGAAUUGCAAGAAGUUUCGAUGAAUAUCUUGAAGAAAUGUGCCGGGGUACCAUUGGCCAUUAUUACUAUAGCCAGUCAUCUGGCUAGUAAUCAACAAAUAAAACCCAGUAGUCAAUGGUAUGUUUUGCUCAACUCUAUUGGUAGUGGACUUACAAAAGGAGAUACUAAUUUUGACGAGAUGAAGAGGAUAUUAUCAUUUAGCUAUUAUGAUCUCCCUUCUCAUCUGAAGACUUGCUUAUUAUAUUUAAGUACAUUCCCAGAAGACUAUAUCAUUGAUAGAGACCGGUUGAUAAGAAGAUGGAUUGCUGAAGGUUUCAUCCAAGGUGGAAUACAUAGUUGUCGUGUGCAUGAUAUAAUGCUCGAUCUCAUAUGUGACUUGGCCAGUGAAGAAAACUUUGUCACUAUAAUGGAUACUAUCAAGUUAAACACGCCUCUGGAAAGAAAGGUCCGCAGGCUGUCCAUUCAAAAGGCAGAGCUCCCAACCACUCAGCUAGCAACCGGUAGCAUCUCUCAAGUGAGAUCCUUCACCAUUUUUAGACCUGUUAUUAUUCAGAUGCUUCCUCUAUCGAGAUUUGAAGUUUUGCGUGUGUUGGACCUACAAGAUUGUAACCUUGAGGAAUGUGGCCAUCUUAGCCUUAGUUGUGUCGGUAAUUUAUUGUACCUGAGAUACCUAGGGCUAAGGAACACAAGACUCCGAAAGAUCCCGCUGGAUAUAGGAAAGCUAUUAUUUUUACAGACACUCGACUUGAAAGGGGUAGAUGGGAAUGCAGAAGAACUACCGGGGAGUUUUGUCCGGCUGAGAAAUCUGAUGUUCCUAUAUCUUGGUUGUAUUACAUAUCUGCCUGCAGGGCAUAAGAGUCUGACGUCCCUCAGAGAGCUAAGAGGGGCAUACUUUACACAAGAUAGCGAUCUGGAAGAGCUGCGUUACCUGACCGAGCUGAGGGAGUUGAAGUUUCGUUUACCAUCAAAAUAUCCUCUCGAGAAAGUUCAUAUUAUGUUGGAGUCUUUAGGCAAAUUGCACAAACUAGAGAGUCUACAUAUUGCAUCUGAGGCAACCUGGGUUCGAAUAUUUGUGGUCCUGUCCAUGGCGCUCUCGCGACUCCUGGGCGACUCUGUCUGGAGCCCGACCCGAGGUCCUGUCCAUGGCGGGAUCUCCUCGAUCCGCGUCCAUGGCGGGCCAGGGGCGCGGGAUGUGCCUCUCCACGCGUCGCGAGACAGUUCUCCCUUGCCACUUGCCUCCUCCCGGUUCCACUUCCACUUCCACUCACACGAGCUCACCGCCGAUAGCUAG